GUGGGUGAGCAGAACAGCGCACAUCACGGAGCUUGUGGCCCGGACUGAGGUUGGUAGACUCAGAGGACCCAAGGCGUGGAGCUAGUGGUGGUCAGCACAGUCCUCUGUGGUCUGUGGAGCCUGCUAUUGCUUUAUACUCUAGGUGCCCUGCUCCUACCUGAAGGGCAUGGGGGCCCCACGUGUUCCCAGAAGGACCGUGCUCUUCCAGCAGGAGAGGACAGGCCUGACCUACCGUGUGCCUGCGCUGCUCUGCGUGCCUCCCCGGCCUACCCUGCUGGCCUUCGCAGAACAGCGACUUAGCCCCGAUGACUCCCAUGCCCACCGCCUGGUGCUGCGGAGGGGCACACUGGCUCGGGGCUCAGUGCGGUGGGGCACCCUGAGUGUGCUGGAGACCGCGGUGCUGGAGGAGCACAGGUCUAUGAACCCUUGCCCGGUGCUGGACGAACACUCUGGUACCAUCUUCCUCUUCUUCAUUGCGGUGCUGGGCCACACGCCGGAGGCCGUGCAGAUCGCCACUGGCAAGAACGCCGCUCGCCUCUGUUGUGUGACCAGCCGUGACGCCGGCCUUACCUGGGGCAGUGUGCGAGACCUGACUGAGGAGGCCAUUGGUACAGCAUUGCAGGACUGGGCCACCUUUGCUGUGGGUCCAGGCCAUGGAGUUCAGCUACGCUCAGGUCGCCUGCUUGUUCCUGCUUACACCUAUCAUGUGGACCGUCGGGAGUGUUUUGGCAGGAUCUGCUGGACCAGUCCCCACUCCUUGGCUUUCUAUAGUGAUGACCAUGGAAUCUCCUGGCACUGUGGAGGCCUUGUGCCCAACCUGCGCUCUGGAGAGUGCCAAUUGGCUGCAGUGGAUGGAGACUUCCUCUACUGCAACGCCCGGAGCCCCCUGGGCAAUCGUGUGCAGGCCCUGAGCGCUGACGAGGGCACCUCCUUCCUACCAGGCGAGCUGGUGCCUACACUGGCUGAAACUGCCCGUGGCUGCCAGGGUAGCAUUGUGGGCUUCCCAGCCCCACCCUCCAGCAGGCCUCAGGAUGACCGGUGGCCAGUGGUUCUUGGGGAUACCCCACCUUCCCCAUGCUUCCAUCUCAGAGUGCAGGAGUCUUCCGGGCAAGGUGCUGGGGGUCCUGUUGAAGGCUGGGUUCCCAGGGGGUCAUUCUGCUCCCCACCGUCCUGGGGUCCAGAGAAUCUUGACCUAGAACCUGGGACAGGUGGAGAGAAGACAGCCUGGACCCCAGAACUCCCUAAGUCCUCUGCUUCCCUGCUUCAGAGUCCCACGUGGCUACUGUAUUCCCACCCAUCAGGGCGUAGAGCUCGGCUCCACAUGGGAAUCUACCUGAGCCGGUCUCCCUUGGACCCCCACAGCUGGACAGAGCCCUGGGUGAUCUAUGAGGGCCCCAGUGGCUACUCUGACCUAGCGUUCCUUGGGCCUAUGCCCGGGGCAUCCCUGGCCUUUGCCUGUUUGUUUGAGAGCGGGACCAGGGCCUCCUACGAAGACAUCUCUUUUUGCUUGUUCUCAUUGGGUGAUGUCCUGGAGAAUGUGCCCUCGGGCCUAGAGGUCCGCAGUCUCAGGGACAAGCCUCAGGGGCAUUGCUGGCCCUCCUGAUGGCCCGAUCCUCUGGCAGGCACCUGGGAAGGAAGGGUAGAGUGUAUAGAGGAGGCUAGGGGCAGGUCAGCGUGACCCUGGGAUGCACAGAGUCUCCUAACUGCUUCUGGAGGAUGAGUCACUGGGGGGCUGGCUGCUUUCUGAGUAUGAGUGAGAAAUAAAGGGAUUGUGCUGUGUCUGUUUCUUCCCACACCAAAGCCUUGGGUCCCAGCGCUCUAGUUCACCGCCCUGAUUAGCACACACAUUUCCCACCUUCACCCUGCACAGUUCUCACAUCCCGGGGGUGGCUGGCAGGGGUGAAGACAACAGGAACAGUGGACAUCACGGCCCCCUCUUUCUACUACCCGCUGUGUGCCAAGCCCAAUCAAUCCGAAGUUUGCUGAUGACUGAGGUCUGGUCACUUUCUGAACUGCCAGCAGGAGAAGCAGGCUGGGGAGCCAGCCUCCCCGGCUGGUGGGGACAGAGCUUGAUUUGAGGAAGGGUUACUUCCUAGGCCUGCUCCAGGUGUCCACUUCUUCACCCUUCUCUGGAGAGGGCUCUUGCUCUAUCAGAGCUCAGGGAAGCCAGUUUGUCCUCUCUC